CAGUGCAAAGAAGUUUGUGUGACAAUCCUCCAAACUGGCACCGUUGGUUUGGUGAUUCGGAUGCGUCAUGCUGUAUCCAUGAUUAAAGGUAUCCUUUGAAGCACUAUUCACUCAAUUUUACUAACUAAAAACCACUAAAUAUUAGAUGUUAUUAUAGACUCAUUGCGGAGAGUUUUCACCUUUCAAUGGCGGCUGUAAAAUGGCGGAUGGAUAGGACAACAAGCGCAGACCCACCGCGCGCAUCCCAUUGGUCAAUAUCGAUCACGUGGUAUGAAGCAAUAACUGUCAUGGCAGCUCUCAUAAAGCAUGUGUUGUCAAAAACAUUUUCUCGCAGUUAUUCAUCAUCAAAUGUUCCUGGGGCCAAAUUGAGAUCUGCAGUUUCAAAAAUAUCUGCUCGAGGGUUCCUGCGCAAUUUGAAAGAAUACAUACCACCUGACCAUGUUAACAGCAGGGUAACUGCUAUUUGUGAACGGAUUCUCGGAAAGGAAAAUGCAAUAUCACCCAAAUACAAACUGACAGAUCCAAACAUUCGUUAUACACUCUUCACAGAAUGUUUCAAUGAGUUUAAGCAUGGAAUUCCCAAUUCAUUGCUGUUCAAAAUAGUUACUUUGGAUGAUCUACGCGCUUUUUAUGAGACACCAGUAGACACGACUGCACCCUACGAUGCCUUGAAAAAGAGAACCGAUCUGCCUGAGAACCUCUAUCUCCAGCCUGAUUACGUACGAUUCCAUCCGGACACUGACGUGAUGUUUAAAGGAAAAUCAGUUUUUGCAAAGAGUUCCACAUUGGUUACUGGCCUAAGGACACGUAAGAAGUACAAAGGAUAUACAACAAAAUCACCUUAUGAUUAUGAUUGCAAAUAAAUUGAAAUAUUAGCUGUAAAAUAUGUAGAAUAAACUAUAGUUUAAGUA